UUAUCGUCGAUUUUGCUCAUUGGCUGGCUGUUUUACUGUGGGUCUGUGUAAGGAUGGUGUUACUCCAUACUGCAUACACCUCUGCUCUGCGUUGGUUCUUGGACUGGCUGUUUCGUCUGUAUGAGGAAAACCACUGGGAACCUCUGACAAAAGGGAAAUUAACAUCUAUUCAACUUUAAAACAUGACACCCACAGCCGCAACAAAGAAAUAUAUUUCUAGCCAAAUUUACUCCAUUACAAAAGGUUUCGUUUCUGAAUGAGCUCCUGAACUGCCUAAAAGUUGGUUUUCUUUUCUUUUGUGAGCAGCUGUGUGCGUGGAGUAGCCUUUUGUGCGACAGAAAGGCGAAGUCACAGCCUCCCUCGACGAGGAACAGUAGGAGGGUUACAGGGACGUCUCUGAUCCAUAACUCCGGGCGCACUCCAACCUCAGCUGUGCGCGUCGCGCUUCACCAAAUGGACAACAAAAUAAACGGAAGGAUGAGCGCCAUCAGUACUUCGAUCGCUGAUUCUACCGAUACAAGAGUAAACGACUUGAUUGAAUCUGGCUACAACAAUACUAAAUUAUCUAACGAGUCGCAGUCUCUAACUUGCAUGUCGUCCUCAGUGCGUAAUUUUGGAAACGACGGUCUGAAUUCAAGCGGCGACGGCGCAGUUUUCAAAGACUGUAACAUGUUCGACAGUUCACUUGUUGCAAAACACUUUUAUGACCGCAGCAGUGAAUAUCUGAAGUGUGACAGUGUGCCGUGGGAAGAUUUUGUAAACGUUCAGGGGUUGAAUGUGGCGUCAUCCGAAAGCUUGCCUGGCGCAGGUUUGAGCCUCUCCUCCACAGCGGGAACGUGUAAAUUCAUCAAAGAUGAAAAAGAGCCCUCUGUGAUUAUGGAUACUCCGUGUCCCAACUUUGAUUCAUCGUCGGAGAUACCUGCUCUUGACACCUGCUGUGACAACAACAGGAAGCAGCAACUGGGGCUUAGUGACGGGGACUCGACAAGUUUCACGCCGGCCACGCUGGGUCCUCGAUCAGGGCUGGAGGGAUCUCCAAACUUUCUGAUCGACCUGAACCAAACGGAGCAGCUGCCUGCGCUGAGCCAGGUGAGGUCUGAGUCCAGGUGUGGUUUGUCCGGAAAGCCUGCCAUCAACUUUGAUGCCAGCAGGCACACUUCCCCGCAACUGACAAUGUACAAGAACGAGGUGUCCCUCUGGCAGAGGCAGACGUCUCCGGCUGAGCCUCAGUACUGGUGCCAGUCUGCAGGGGUGAAUGAGGACCCGUUCACACACAGCAGCUACGGUGGGAUCCAGGGCCAGGCAGUGUCUCAGAGGACCCCGUCAUCUUUCUCCGCAUUCCCAGGCAUGCCGCCUCAGAGAAUGUGCGUGAUAUGUGGUGAUGAGGCAUCAGGCUGCCACUAUGGAGUCUUAACCUGCGGGAGCUGUAAGGUCUUUUUUAAAAGAGCAGUGGAAGGUCAUCAUAGCUAUCUCUGUGCUGGGCGAAAUGACUGCAUUGUGGACAAAAUCCGGAGGAAAAAUUGCCCUGCGUGUCGCCUCCGAAAGUGCUAUCAAGCAGGAAUGAUGCUCGGAGGAAGGAAGCUGAAGCGUUUCGGGGCCUUGAAAGCCUUGGGUUUGGCCCCGUCCCUGAUGUUUCAGUCCCACUUGACCAUGUCCAGUGACAAUCAGGCUUUGACCUCCAUGUCUUGCAUACCGGGCAUCCGCGAAGUGCAACUCUCCCAGCAGAUCAUCGGUAUCCUGGAAAACAUCGAACCAGAAGUCGUGUACGCGGGUCAUGACAACACCCAGCCCGAUGUUCCCCAUCUUCUGCUCAACAGUCUCAACAGACUAUGUGAGAAACAGCUGCUGUGGAUUGUGAAGUGGUCCAAGUCUCUGCCAGGGUUUCGCAAUCUUCACAUAACCGAUCAGAUGACCCUCAUCCAGUACUCGUGGAUGAACCUGAUGGUGUUCUCUCUUGGGUGGCGCUCCUUUCAGAAUGUCACCAGUGAAUAUUUAUACUUCGCACCUGAUCUGGUUCUUAGUCAGGAGCAAAUGCGGAGAUCUCCAAUUUAUGACCUCUGCCUGGCCAUACAGUUCAUCCCUCAGGAGUUUGCAAAUCUUCAAGUUACCCACGAGGAGUUUCUCUGCAUGAAAGCCAUAAUAUUACUCAACACAGUGCCUCUCGAGGGACUCAAAAGUCAGGGAGCAUUUGAAGAGAUGAGACAAAACUACAUCCGGGAGCUGACCAAGGUCAUCCACACUCGGGAGAAGAGCUUGGUGGCCAGCUCACAGCGAUUCUACCACCUCACCAAGCUGAUGGACGCCAUGCACGAUAUAGUGAAGAAGGUCAACCUGUUCUGUCUGAGUACCUUCAUCCAGGCAGAUGCCAUGAAGGUGGAGUUUCCAGAGAUGAUGUCAGAGGUCAUUGCCUCCCAGCUUCCCAAGGUCCUGGCAGGCAUGGUGAGGCCCCUCUUGUUCCACACCAAGUGACGAUGCCAGCAUAUACAUCACAACUCUGAGGAGACAUCUGAGACAGGAUUACUCGCCCUUCAUUACUGGAUGCUUCAUUCUGUUUGCUUUUGCAGUCAGUCAUCUAUACUUUGUCAGUUUGCAUCUAAUGGUCUUUAGUCCUUCAUGAGGUGAAACAGAAUGUUCCUUUUCAGUACACAACUAUCUGGAAUAUUAUGAAUUCAGAGGUAUCAAUAAAGCUCCUCUGCAUAAUUCUGGUGUAUCAACGCUUUCCCAUCCUACAGCUUCUGCACAGAAGGUACUUGCUAGCUGAUAUAGUGUAGGUUUUGAGAAUCACUAGAGAUGCUUAUAUUUUUUUCUUAAAGCUGCAGAAAAGAAAAAUACACACAAAAAAUGUCAAAUAUUUAAUGUUUCCCACCAACAGAAGAAUGUGAAACCUGGCACUUAAACUCAUGAAAUUCUUGGAUGCAGAAAAGAGUAGCUCACUCAAGGGAGGAGAAACCUGGAAGAUAACGUUACAAUAUUUAUAAAAACUUACAUUGAGCUGAGAAAGAACUCACAUCUCAACCAAUUCUGCACGAUACCUUGAAUUUGUGAUUUUCAUAAUAGAAUGUAUAUUGAAAAUCUGAAUGCAGAUCUACAGCAAAAUACACAAAAUGAUAAAUAUCAAUGGGACGCAUGUGACAGAUUCAACACAAGUGAGUGCAGUAUUUAAUUAAUAAAGAGAAAGCCUUAUU